AUGCCAACCCAUUGUUUCCCCGCGCAGGCCAACCCCAAGGUCUACCUGGACCUGCAGCUAGGACGCACCAAUGCGACGCCCCUGGGCCGCGUUGUGGUUGAGCUGAAGGAGGAUGUCGUGCCCAAGACAUCCAAGAACUUUGAGGAGCUGUCCAAGGCCGAGCCUGGCAAUGGCCUCAAGGGCAGCCGCUUCCACCGUAUCAUUACGGACUUCAUGUGCCAGCAGGGAGGUGACUUCACCAGGGACAAUGGCACAGGCGGCCGCAGCAUCUAUGGCAACAAGUUCCCCGAUGAGAAUUUCGACUUGACCCACACCGGCCCAGGCGUCCUCUCCAUGGCCAACGCCGGCCCCAACACCAACGGCUCCCAGUUCUUCCUGUGCACGGUGCCCACGCCGUGGCUGGAUGGCAAGCACGUGGUGUUUGGACAGGUGGUGGAAGGCUACGAGGUUGUCAAGGCUGCUGAGGCCUGCGGCAGCCGCAGCGGGCAGACAUCGUUCGACGUGGUGAUUGGUGACUGCGGAAUUGUAGCGGCGGCUUCCGGGGCAACCAUCGGCAGCGUUCCCUCUUCCGGCAGCGGCCAGCGCCGCGGCGUGCACACGGCCGCCGCUCCGAGCGUCCGCCUGACCUCCUCCUUCCUGGGAACCCAGCAGAGGCAGAGGUGA